AUGAACGAUGAUUUGUCUAAAUGGAUCCAAGCCCAUUCAACAAGCUCAAUAACACCAAAUUUAUUUAAAAUCAUACAACGGUUGGCUAUCACCAAAAACACUUUUGAUGAUUUUUAUAAUGCUGUUUCUGUGGUACUUAAAUUAAGGGGUGGUGUUGAUCGAUUAACUUUUUUUAAGGAAUUAUAUUCGAAACUUCGUGAUAGUGAUAGUAAUAGUACUAAUCGCAAAAAUAAAGUGCACAACAUGGAUAGUGAUACUAAUACUAAUAAUAGUAGUGAUAUUGGAAUGUCUAAGACAAACACAACCCUUUUAGAGAUAACAGAGAAAAGAAAAAGAUUGAUUCCACUCUCAUUUGAUAAUGAGGAUGGGUAUGGGAAUGAAGAGGAUGAUGAGCUUGAUUACUUAUCCAAGAAACAAAGUGUUAAUGUAAAAAAAAUUGAUCCAAAAAGGAUAAUCUUUAAAAAAUUAGAGAAAUCUACAGCUUCAAAGCUAAAAGAAUAUUCAAAUUCAAAAUAUGUUGGCUCUGAGAAUCCUUUUAUUAAACCUUCUCCUAAUAUAUCUGUCACUAUUUCAGGUAAGAAGACUGCUAUAAAUAAUUCGGAUAGAAUAAAUAAUGAUGAAGAAAACACACAAGAUUAUUAUUAUUGUUUUAACGACUUAGCAAAAGAUGAUCAAAUAGAGUUUUCGAACGUUCAAUUAUGCCCGGUAUCUAUUGAUAAAAAAAAAGAUUGGUUACCAUCAUUUUUAUUAGAUUAUUGUAAUAAAUAUAAAAUUCCAACUUCUGCUAUCGUUGGUUCCAUCUCUGAUUCAUCCCAUAUGGGAAUUAUUAACCCCUUUAAAAAUCCAAAUAGUACUUUCUCUCAAAUGGCAAGAAAGGGUAGUCAACUGGUUAACCUUAAAAGAUUGACUAAAGAACAAAAAACCAAAAAUCAUCAAAAUGUACAAUUGGCUAACACGGCAAUGGGUGCUAUUUUGGGUGUUCAAGACAAUGACACAACUGAAAUGACCAAGAAAGACACAAUUUUGCACAACAAUAAAAAUAUUGAUAAAAAAUAUCUUCAAAGUCAAGAAGAGAUACAAAAUCAAAGACUUAAUUUACCUGCAUAUAAAGUAAAAGAUGAGUUAAUCUCAUUAGUAUUAUCUAAUCAAGUAGUGAUUGUCAUAGGUGAGACUGGGUCUGGUAAAACUACUCAAUUGCCACAGAUUUUAUACGAGGCAGGGUUUUGUCGAAAUUUUGAUGAUGAUAAUAAUACUGACACUAAAGGAAAUUCUAAUUCAAUGAUGAUUGGAGUCACUCAACCUAGACGUGUUGCUGCUAUAUCUGUAGCUAAACGUGUGGCAUUAGAGAUGAAUACACAAUUAGGAAGCACUGUUGGCUAUGCCAUUAGAUUUGAAGAUAUAACCUCUUCAGAUACUAAGAUAAAAUUUAUGACUGAUGGUAUAUUGCUACGUGAAUUUUUGUUGGACCCGUUCUUGACAAAAUAUAAUUGUAUUAUAAUCGAUGAAGCCCAUGAAAGAUCAUUGAAUACAGAUGUGCUCUUAGGAAUGUUCAAAAAUUUAUUGACUAAAAGGAAAGAUAUCAAAUUGAUCAUUACUUCAGCUACUAUGAAUGCAACGAAGUUUUCAAAAUUCCUUGGUAAUGCUCCUCAAUUUACUAUUCCAGGUAGAACUUAUCCGGUACAAAUCAAUUAUUCCAAGACAUCUAUAGAUGAUUAUGUUGAGGCAGCUGUUAUAGAAGCAGUAAGAAUCCAUUUACAAACUCCUGUUUCAAGUGGUGAUGUCUUAAUUUUUAUGACCGGUCAAGAAGAUAUUGAAAUUACAUGUGAUUCAAUUAAGAAUAAAUUAGUUGAAGUGUAUUCCAAAAAACAUGGUAUUGAUAAUUUUGAAGAAAUUAAUGAUAUAGAAAUUUACCCAAUUUAUUCUGCAUUGUCACCUGAAUUACAAAAUAGAAUAUUUCAUAAAUUGGAACCAUCUAAAAGAAAAAUUGUUGUGUCUACUAAUAUUGCAGAAACGUCUUUAACUAUAGAUGGUAUCAGAUACGUUAUCGAUUGCGGUUACUCAAAAUUAAAAGUGUUUAAUCCAAGCAUUGGUCUCGAUAGUUUAAUGGUAACACCAAUAUCCUUAGCUAAUGCUAAUCAGAGAUCCGGUAGAGCUGGACGUACAGGGCCCGGGAUAGCUUACAGAUUGUAUACCGAAGAGACUGCAGAAGAGGAUAUGUAUAUUCAACCUAUCCCAGAAAUACAAAGGACAAGUCUUACAAAUACAUUACUUUUAUUGAAAUCAUUGGGUGUUAAAGAUUGCAUUAAUUUUCCAUUUCUGGAUAAACCACCUUUACAAACUUUGCUGGAAUCAAUGUAUGAAUUAUGGUUUUUGGGAGCAAUUAAUAACUAUGGGAAUUUGACCAGUUUGGGGAGACAGAUGGCACAGUUCCCUUUACAAGUUACCUUGUCAAAAGCUUUAAUUGUUGCAUCCAAGAAUAAAUGUAGUGAAGAAUUAGUCACCAUUGUAUCUAUGUUAUCCGUUCCACAAGUAUUCCAUAGACCAAAAGAACGUGAAAAGGAAUCGGAUUCUGCUAGGGAGAGAUUUUUGGUACCUAUGUCCGAUCAUCUUACCUUGUUGAAUGUUUAUAAUCAAUGGGUAUCGAAUCAAUUUUCAGCAAAAUGGUGUGAAAAGCAUUUUUUAAUAUAUAGAUCAUUAGUUAAGGCACGAGAAAUUCGAAAUCAGUUGAUUAAAAUUAUGAAAAAGAAUAAGAUACCUAUAGUAUCAUCAGGUACAAAUUGGGAUAUUGUGAGAAAAUGUAUAUGUUCUGCAUUUGCUCACCAAGCAUCUAAAGUGACUGGUUUAAGGAGAUAUGUAGAUUUGAGAACCGGUAUGAAAGUUGAAUUACACCCUACAAGUGUGUUAUUUGGAAUUGAUGAUCCUCCUAAUUAUGUUGUAUAUCAUGAAUUGUUGAUGACAACAAGGGAAUAUAUGUGUUAUGUCACUGCAGUAAAUCCAUUUUGGUUAAUGGAAUUUGGACCCUUAAUAUAUGAUAUUAAGAAGAUAUCAACAUAUGAUGAAGAUAAUAUUACAACAUUGUUUGGUUCAAAGAAUUCUUUUGAGAUUAGUAAUGAGAAGAAUAAAUCUGAUGAUAUAAUUGAUGAACGAAUUAAAUAUUGUUUAGUUAGGAGAGAAGGAACAAUUAAACAAUUGAAUAAAGAUAUAAAUAAUGCACCAAGUUCUAAAUUUAUUGAAAAACGGACCAAUGCAAACAAUCAAAAUAAUAUAGUAACAAUUGGGUUAAAGAGAAGGAAAAGGCCAUUUUAA